CAUCGAUAUCGCCGUCGCAGCAGGAGUUUCAAUUUCAUACCACGUCACCACUAUCCUUUUCUCAUUCUAAAUAUUUAAUCAAAUCUAUAAUCGCAUCAUUCAAGCAGCACUUUACCCUCUAGGGACGGUUAGUUUCACUUAUCCGUUAGUUAUCCUUAAUCCUUGCAUUCGUUCGGCGAACGCUAAACAUAAUGUCCUGCGACGUGAGGUCCUUCUACAAGGACAAAAACGUGCUCCUGACAGGCGGUACCGGUUUUUUGGGGAAAAUGAUCGUUGAAAAGUUACUGAGGACUUGUGACGUAGAGGGGAUUUACUUGAUCGUGAGACCUAAGAAGGGAUUAGCGCCUGAGGAAAGGUUGAAAAGUCUUUUUGAAGAGCCUAUAUUGGCCAAGAUACGCGAAAACAAGUGGAAAUACUACAAAAAAAUUCACGCUUUGGAAGGAAAUUUAGCAAAAAAAGAGCUCGGACUUAGUGAAGAAGACAAAGAACUUAUCAGAAAUAAAAUCAAUAUAGUAUUCCACUGCGGUGCCUUCUUAAACAUGGACUCUAAACUAAGCGAAGCAAUCAUAACCAAUGUCAGAGGCACUCUAGAGAUCCUAGAACUGAUCAAAGGGACCCAAAAUUUCGACGCCUUUGUACAAAUCUCCACAUCGUAUUCAAAUUGUUAUGAGAAAGUUAUUAAAGAAAAAUUUUACCCUCCCCCUGUAGAUCCUGAGCUGUUAAUCAGGAUGAGCGAGGAAUUGAGUCCAAACAUUUUGAGCAGUAUUACGAAUGAACUAAUAGGAAAAUGGCCUAAUUGUUAUGUUUUUACCAAAGCUGUCGCAGAAAAUCUGCUACUGACAAAAGCCAAAAAUUUACCUGUUGGACUUUUUCGACCUGCAAUUGUCACUUCUACUGUAUCGGAACCCAUAGCAGGUUGGUCAGAUAAUUUAUAUGGACCUCUGGGUAUCGUACUUUCUUCAUACUGUGGUAUAUUACGCAUUAUCAGAGCGAAUGGUAAUUUAAAAUCUCAUACAGUGCCAGGAGACAUGUGUAUAAAUGCUAUACUUUGCUUCGCCUGGGAUUUGAACAAUAAAUGGAAAACGUCACAAGAUACUUACAAUCCUCCAGUGAUGAACUUCUCUGCCAAAAAUACAAAAUUGCUGUUAUCUGUGAGACAAUAUAUAGACUGCAUUAAUAGAUCUGAUUAUCCACCGUUUAAGAAGGCCAUGUGGCACCAAAUGCUGUUUUUAAUAGAGAGCAAGUUUUGUUACAUAAUUUUAAAGUUUCUACUACACACUGUGCCGGCUUACUUGAUAGAUUCGUUGUUAAUAAUGUCUGCAAGAAAAGCUAGGAUGAAAAGCAUUUACGUAAAAAUUGAAAAGACUUCUGACAUCCUCAGCCAUUUUUUAAUGAAUGAAUGGGAUAUUAGCAACGAAAGUGUGAAGAAAAUGUGGGAAAAUCUCGAUGAAAAAGAUAGGGAACUAUUUAAUUUCGACAUAAAUUCUAUAGAUCUUAACCUCUAUUUCAAAAAUAUGGUUACUGGAAUGAAAAAAUUUAUUUUAAAAGAAGACAUGACCAAAGCGAAAAUUCACAAGCAAAGAUAUAAGAGAUUGACUUUGCUACACUAUACACUCAAGUACUCUCUCAUUGGUCUGUCGGUCAUACCAGUCUACAGGACUAUAUCUAGAUUGGUUUCUCAGAAAAAACGCUGAAUUUGAGGCAUCAUAAUUGUAGCAGAAUCAAAACAGAAG